CCCCGUCCUGCCCUCGCUCAGCGAGGACUCGGGCGUCCACGGCGCCCAAGCUUUUGAGCUCGCGUCCCCAGGUCGGCUGGGGGGGGAGGGGAAAAGAGGGGACCCCGGGAUCCCCACCCCCCCCAACCCGGCCACCCCUGUCCCCUUCCCUCCUGGGACCCCAGAGAAGAUGUCUUCGAGGACGGCGCUGGCCCCGGGCAACGAUCGGAACUCGGACACGCAUGGCACCUUGGGCAGUGGCCGGUCUUCAGACAAAGGGCCAUCCUGGUCCAGCCGUUCCCUGGGUGCCCGUUGCCGGAACUCCAUUGCUUCCUGCCCCGAGGAACAACCCCACGUCGGCAACUACCGCCUGCUGAGGACCAUCGGGAAGGGCAACUUUGCCAAAGUCAAGCUGGCUCGGCAUAUCCUCACAGGCCGGGAGGUCGCUAUCAAGAUCAUUGAUAAAACCCAGCUGAACCCCAGUAGCCUGCAGAAGCUCUUCAGAGAAGUCCGCAUCAUGAAGGGACUGAAUCACCCCAACAUCGUUAAGCUUUUUGAGGUGAUAGAGACAGAAAAGACGCUGUACCUGGUGAUGGAGUAUGCCAGCGCAGGAGAAGUGUUUGACUACCUCGUGUCGCACGGCCGCAUGAAGGAGAAGGAGGCUCGAGCCAAGUUUCGGCAGAUCGUGUCAGCCGUGCACUACUGUCACCAGAAGAACAUUGUACACCGGGAUCUAAAGGCUGAGAACCUCCUGCUGGAUGCCGAGGCCAACAUCAAAAUCGCCGACUUCGGCUUCAGCAACGAGUUCACGCUGGGCUCGAAGCUGGACACCUUCUGCGGGAGCCCGCCGUACGCUGCCCCAGAGCUGUUCCAGGGCAAGAAGUACGACGGGCCAGAGGUGGACAUCUGGAGCCUCGGUGUCAUCCUGUACACGCUAGUCAGCGGCUCCCUGCCCUUCGAUGGGCACAACCUCAAGGAGCUGCGGGAGAGAGUUCUCAGAGGAAAGUACCGAGUCCCCUUCUACAUGUCUACAGACUGCGAGAGCAUUCUGCGGAGAUUUCUGGUGCUGAACCCCGCAAAACGCUGUACUCUAGAGCAAAUCAUGAAAGACAAAUGGAUCAACAUUGGUUAUGAGGGUGAGGAGUUGAAGCCAUACACGGAGCCAGAGGAGGACUUCGGGGACACCAAGAGAAUUGAGGUGAUGGUGGGUAUGGGCUACACACGGGAAGAAAUCAAAGAGGCCUUGACCAGCCAGAAGUACAACGAGGUGACCGCCACCUACCUCCUGCUGGGCAGGAAGACCGAGGAGGGUGGGGACCGGGGUGCCCCAGGGCUGGCCCUGGCACGGGUGCGGGCGCCCAGCGACACCACCAACGGGACGAGUUCUAGCAAAGGCAGCAGCCACAACAAAGGGCAGCGGGCCUCUUCCGCUACCUACCACCGCCAGCGCCGGCACAGCGACUUCUGUGGCCCGUCCCCUGCCCCUCUGCACCCAAAGCGCAGCCCAACCAGCACGGGGGAGACGGACCUCAAAGAAGAGCGGCUGCCAGGUCGGAAAGCUAGCUGUAGUGCGGCUGGGAGCGGGAGCCGAGGCUUGCCCCCGUCCAGCCCCAUGGUCAGCAGCGCCCACAACCCCAACAAGGCAGAGAUCCCUGAGCGGCGGAAGGACAGCACUAGCACCCCUAAUAACCUUCCCCCCAGCAUGAUGACCCGCAGAAACACCUACGUGUGCACAGAGCGACCAGGGGCUGAGCGCCCGUCCUUGUUGUCAAACGGCAAAGAAAACAGCUCCGGUACCUCACGGGUGCCCCCUGCCUCGCCCUCCAGUCACAGCCUGGCUCCCCCCUCGGGUGAGAGGAGCCGCCUGGCUCGGGGCUCCACCAUCCGUAGCACCUUCCACGGGGGCCAGGUCCGAGACCGGCGGGCAGGGGGCGGGAGUGGCGGGGGUGUGCAGAACGGACCCCCAGCCUCACCCACGCUGGCCCACGAGGCCGCACCCCUGCCCUCCGGGCGGCCUCGCCCCACCACCAACCUCUUCACCAAGCUGACCUCCAAACUGACCCGAAGGGUCGCAGACGAACCUGAGAGAAUCGGGGGACCUGAGGUCACAAGUUGCCAUCUACCUUGGGAUAAAGCGGAAACCGCCCCCCGGCUGCUCCGAUUCCCCUGGAGUGUGAAGCUGACCAGCUCGCGUCCUCCUGAGGCCCUGAUGGCUGCCCUGCGACAGGCCACGGCGGCAGCCCGCUGCAGGUGCCGCCAGCCGCAGCCGUUCCUGCUGGCCUGCCUGCACGGGGGUGCGGGCGGGCCCGAGCCCCUGUCCCAUUUUGAAGUAGAGGUGUGCCAGCUGCCCCGGCCCGGCCUCAGGGGCGUCCUCUUCCGCCGUGUGGCGGGCACCGCCCUGGCCUUCCGCACCCUCGUCACCCGCAUCUCCAACGACCUCGAACUCUGAGCCACCGCCACCGCCACCAUCACCGCCGCCGCCGCC